UCGGAAAAGCCAUCCUGCACUGGCGAGACCAUUUCGAAAAGGGACAACGAGCCACCUCAGUACUGGCACCGAAACGAUGGUUCCUCGACAGAAGGCGUAUUUCACGAAAAGCCUGGUGCCUUUAUCGGUCGUCAGCGACGAGGUGCAAUGCGCCGUCGUGUGCACCAGGUCAACGACCACAAGUUUAUGGCGACCAUUCUGCGACAACCGACGUUUUGUGCCCACUGCCGCGAGUUCAUUUGGGGAUUAGGCAAACAGGGUUACCAGUGCCAAGUUUGCACCGUCGUCGUGCACAAACGAUGCCAUGAGCACGUUGUCUGGAAAUGUCUUGGCUACAAAGACGCUAGUGCAGAAGAGAUUAUUGCUGAAACGCGAUUCAACAUCAAUAUUCCACAUCGCUUUUCUGUGCAUAACUACAAACGGCCAACGUUUUGUGACCAUUGCGGUUCACUGCUAUAUGGUAUUAUCCGGCAAGGUUUGCAAUGCGAAGCAUGCAAACUGAACGUCCAUAAAAGAUGCGAGAAAAACGUUGCCAACACGUGCGGCGUCAACUCAAAGGAAAUGGCUGAAAUCUUGGCUCAGAUGGGCAUUUCAGGUCAGACCUUGAGGCCCAAGCAGAGAAAAAAGACUUGUUUCGUUGAUGGUAGUGAAUCUAGACGGUCCAAAACCGCACCGCUACCUCUGAAGUCGCUCAGCAGCGAAGCCGAUUCUUUGGCAGAUGAUGUUAGUACUGAACUUUCUGGCUCUUUUACUGAGCCGUGCCAGCCAUCAGAAGGCAAUCUUUGUAAAGGAUCUACACCAGACACCGAAAAGCCUGCGAAAUUGUCACUUUCCAACUUCAACUUUAUUAAAGUUCUCGGAAAAGGCAGCUUCGGAAAGGUAGUUCUAGUGGAAGCCCGUGACACUGGCGAGGUUUAUGCGAUGAAGAUUCUGAAAAAGGACGUUAUUUUGCAAGACGAUGACGUCGAGUGUACCAUGGUCGAAAAACGCAUUCUGAUAUUGGCGGUUAAACACCCGUUUCUCAUCGCGCUGCAUUCCUGCUUCCAGACCAAAGAUUCGUUGUUUUUCGUCAUGGAAUUCGUCAACGGCGGUGACCUCAUGUUUCAGAUCCAAAAGGCAAGAAAGUUCGAUGAACCCAGAGCAAGGUUCUAUGCCGCUGAGGUCACCUGCGCUCUGCAAUUUUUGCACAGGAAUAGCGUCAUUUACAGAGACCUUAAGCUGGAUAAUAUCUUACUUGAUGCGGAGGGUCACGUGAAAUUGGCUGAUUUCGGUAUGUGCAAAGAAGGCAUUCACGGUGGAGUGCUGACGAGUACCUUCUGCGGCACUCCUGAUUACAUCGCUCCUGAGAUAUUGCAAGAGAUCGACUAUGGCUCAUCGGUUGACUGGUGGGCACUUGGAGUGCUGAUACUGUUUUCCUUUCAGUUUUUAACGAAAAACUGCCUGAAACGACUCGGUUGUGUUCCGUCAACUGGUGGCGAAGACGCCAUAAGGGCGCAUGUCUUUUUUAGAGAAAUUAAUUGGGAUAAGUUGGAGCAUCGUGAAGUGCGGCCACCUUUCAAGCCAAAAAUCAAGUCCAAGCGAGAUGUGAGCAACUUUGAUCCAGAAUUUACGAAAGAUGAUCCAGUCCUUACACCGGUGGACUCCAUCGUUGUCAAAGGAAUCAAUCAGGAUGAGUUUCGAGGCUUUAGUUUCAUCAACUCUGACUUUCGAACGAAUGGCUCGAUCGAUUAA